UUCUGACAUACGUGUGGAAGCUGCUCCUGUAUCUUUUUAAGCUCAGCAAACUAAUAAAAAUAAUAUUACCCAGAAUUUUCAAGUGAAAAUAAGUCAGAAAACGAAAAUCACAAGAGAAGGUACAGUGUCAUCGUGUUUUCCUUAAAAUUGUAAGCCACAAGUAAAAUCGUCUUUCCGAUUACCACUACAGGGUUAAUGAUGGAAGUAGAACAGGAAGAAGGGAUCGACCUCAUCGACUUCUCAAGAGCUCGACAUAUGCGAAGCAUGCUAAAAAUGCACUGUACAUUUAUAGCUGGACCGGACAUUGAGACAGAAUAUGAUAUCAUACCGUACACCUGCCGCUCCCCGAUAGUCGAAAAAGUACUUAGGUCAUUGCACCCCGAUAAUCACCCGGAGACAAAUUAUGAACCACCUAGUGACGAAUUGAAUAACUUGGUGAUGAAAUUUCUUGAACACCUAAGUGAAAGACGAUCACCACUUGGUGGACUGAUCUUCAAGGGUCACGAAGACAGCAUGAUUCUAGAAUUAUUCCUAGAUUGUGUGUCCAAAGGCAAUCACAAGUUGUUCUUUAUAGCUAGAGGAAGAAAAUAUCAAAUGUACAUUGAUGAUCAUCUCGCCGUUGAAACUUAUAAGGCUUCACCUAAUGUAUACAUUAAACCUCUAGUGGAUAAAGCAUUUAAUUCACUUCAAAACGAAUGUUUCAUCAUUUUGGAAAAGAUUUUAUACGAUGCUAUAACGGGGGAAGACAUCGCGGAGGCUGAGAACCCCAAUCGCCAAAACUGGAUUUACACUACAGGGCCAGAAGUGUUCAUGGAAAUCAUUUCACGAGAAACCUGGGGUGGAAACUCCCAUAACAAAAUCUUAAUGUCUAACAUCGAAGACAUUAUAAAAGGCUUUGCUUAUUCUGAUAAUCUAUCACUUUUGUGUUUUAACUCUGAAUUUACAACGGCUGAAAGACGAUCAAUACAUAUCAUUUCAAAGAAAUUGAAACUAAAAUGUCAAAAUGUUGGUUCUGGUAUUCACACGAGAACCAAAGUGUACAAGCAUCAUUCCAGGGAUGAUCUUGUUAAAAUUUUACUUAGAAACAAUUGUAAAAAGGCAGUGUUUCAUUUGGUUAUCCCACCACGGUUUAUGGACCAGUGGUAUGAAAUGUUUAAUCCAAAUGAGAGUGAGUAGUUAUAGGAAAUAUUUGUAUUAUACUUUAAUUCAUUAAUUGUAAGCCAACUUUAUUUAAGUAACGCAGUAGACCGUAUGAUUAUCCCCACACUGUGAAACAAUUGUCUAAAAAGUUUAAAUUUUAAGAUAAUGUUUAUUAAUUUAUUAGUUUUUAGAAUAAUUAGUAAUUAAAUUAAAUUAAUUUAGUAAAAUUAAUUUUAAUGUAACACUGUACUUAU